GCGUACAGUCAUUGUCCAUAACCUGUAUAUCUGUCAGAUACUUUCUGAUGGGCUAUCAAUAAUCAGAUUCUAAUUCGAGCUGCAUUCGUGUUUAGCUACUGCUGGCACUUGGGAAGUAAUUUCAACGUAUCGCUGAACCUAAUACACAUCACGAAUGUCUUACAAUUAUGAGGAAUUGUCCUGGUCGGAUGUUAAAGACAUGCUGCGAAAGUGGCGAGAGACCACCGACCGAAAAAGUGAGAGCAUAGUUCAGCUAUGGGAGGCUGUGCUGGAGGAAAAGAUGGGCAAAUUGGGGAAUGAACGACAUAUUAUCCUGGAACAAGUGGUGAUUGCUGCAUUGGACUGUGGCCGCAUGGACAUUGCCGAUAAGUGCAUGAAGGAGUUGAUAGCAGAGUUUCCGGAUAGUAUGCGAGUUCAUAGGCUGAAGGCUAUGCGUUUCGAGAUGUUAGAGAGCUACGAUAAGGCUCUAGAAAUUUUGGAUGGUAUUAUUAAGAAGGACGAGACGAACCCAUCGGCGAGGAAGCGCAAAGUUGCCAUUCUGAAAGCGAAGGGAAUGAACUUGGAGGCUAUAGCUGAAAUAUGUGAUUAUCUGACAAAAUUCAUGUCGGAUCAAGAGGCUUGGCAUGAACUUUGCAAUCUUUACCUGCAAGAAGCCGAUUUUGAAAAAGCCGUUUUUUGUAUGGAAGAACUACUUCUCCACAAUCCCCACAGUUAUUUAUUGCAUUUACGGAUAGCCGACAUUCGUUAUACUAUGGGUGGCACAGAAAACAUGGAGACAGCUAAAUCGUAUUAUUUGUAUGCAAUUAAGUUGAACCCUACCAAUCUUCGUGCCCUUUAUGGAUUAUACUUGUGCUGUCUGCAUAUCACGAACUCGAAAACCGUUCUCGCAAAACGUAAGGAGGCACAAACUCUUGGACAAUGGGCACUAACACAAAUUUCUGAAAAGAAUUCCAAACGUAAAUCAAAAACUAGCAAUAAAUAUAUUGCAGCUUUAGAUUCUGCAUUUGCCAAUAUGGACAUAAAAGGAAAAUAGUUUUAUUUCAGGGUUUUCAUGUUUUAAAUGUUUUAUGAAAAUAUUGUAUUCCAUUACCAAAUAUAGCGGGUUACUAUAAUAAA